AUGUCCAAACUACCAGACAUCUUCACCGAUCCAGAGGACUCCCAACUCGUCGCCGACGCCAAGAAAGACAAACCAGAAGACCACGAGUUCACUUAUACCGAGCGCGACGUCAUUCUCUACAACCUUGGCGUCGGCGCGACCGCAAAAGACCUGCAAUGGACGUACGAAAGCCACGACGAGUUUGCAGCGCUCACAACGUUCGGAGUCAUUCUGCAAUUCGCAGCCAGUUCUGAAUUAAAUGCACCCUGGGGGCUUAAUCAUGCGGUUCAGGCUAAGCUUCUUCAUGGCGAACAAUAUUUGGCAAUCAGGAGCCCUAUACCUACAGAGGGUCAUUUUGUAAAUGAAACCAGGCUUUUGGAAGUCCUGGAUAAGGGCAAGGCCGCUUCGGUCACCACCAUAGUGGAACGUCAUAUUCGAAAUCAAAUAACGGUGUUCAUUCGAGGCGCCGGUGGCUUUGGUCGCAAGCGUUCUGGCAAAGAUAGAGGUGCUGCCACAGCUGCAAACACACCCCCAAAGCGUCAACCUGGUGCUGUGAUCGAAGAGAAGACGAAUGCCUCGCAAGCUGCACUAUACAGACUAAGUGGGGACUAUAAUCCUUUACAUAUUGACUCCAGCUUCGCGGCAAUUGGCGGGUUCGAUCAGCCCAUUCUUCAUGGUUUAUGUUUCACGGGGAUCGCAGGCAAGCAUGUCCUGCAAUCCUUUGGCGCCUACAAGGACAUCAAAGUUAGCUUCUCUGGUGAGACGCUCAUUACGGAGAUGUGA